ACGGGCACAACGUCGACUGUCUACCGUGGCAUUGCUUCACGAGACUGUUCAGUGGUAACAUCUAAUGAUGUUCAAGUAUCUGUUAGUUGUUCUUGUCGUUUGGUGCGAAACUCAGCGAUAUGCGUUUGCUCAAGACACGUCGACUCGACUUCUUUCUAUUCCAAAUGUAGAUAACGGCAAUUUGACCGCGAUUACAGAGGAGUUGAGCAAGAAACCCGUGAUUGCUAUGAACGGAAAUAACAACUACAAUGUGGGCCAGCAAAUAUUUUAUAUAUACGACGAAGACCAGCUCAAGCGAAUAUUAAUAAAUAAUAAGCAUUCGGAAAAACUGGGUGGCACUGGCACUAGUGGUUUAACUGCGCAUAAAUUGGUGACUCGUAAACUCACCUGGAACUAUGCUCGCCAAGCUUGCAACACUGAAGGAGGUUAUUUGGCGAUUAUCAAUUCGGAAGCGGAGGAGGAGCUUCUUUUACGUUUGAUGAAAGAGAACAAUGUACGCGAAGGUUGGCUCGGAAUUCAUGAUCUUUAUCAAGAGGGUGAGUGGAUCACCGUCGAAGGCGACCCUUUAGAAGAAACAGGAUUCACCAAGUGGACGACUAAAUUUCCAAAUCAACCCGACAACUAUCAAGGCAACCAAAAUUGCGGAAUGCUCCUUAUCGAGGGUGGAUUAGACGAUGAAAAUUGCAACCAUGUGCAUUCUUACAUCUGCGAGAUGGCUGCCUAAAAUUACAGAUGUGUACCAACAUCUCGCAGAUUACAUUUACAACAAUACGUAUAAAUAAACGAAUAGAUUUAUUCCUACUAUUUUGACAACCC